UGAAUCACACUCUAUCGUAAUCUUAGGUCAAGUCUUAACUCUGAUGUGCAUAAUGGGAAGUUGGACAGUGCUGUGUGGUAUAUUUAUAAGCUGGUUUACUGUCUUUGGAAUCGACAAUCUGACAAAAAAGUAUACUGAUGAAAGUGCCAAAAUGCUAAUUUCUUUCAAACCUCUGUGGCAAAUAUUUUUUUGUAUUGUGUCGUUUUGAUUUGUAAUCAUAAAAAACAUUGUCUCAUUGAGGUCUAACUACCAAUUUGCCAAUUUUGCUAAACACGUAAAAUCAAAUUAUGUAUUGUUAAUCGAUGUAUUUUAUGAGUUACUCUUCUUUAAUUGCUGAAAUAUUACAAAAGCGACAGGUUUGCAACAGAACCCUUGUAUUGGGGUCGAAAAACGAGCAGAUGUGGCACAAUGAAUAUAGGGUCUCUCUUCCUAUUGGAUAGUUGCCUGUCUUUGUUUGGAAAUUCAAGCACCUCCUCUUAAAAAAAGUUUAUUGUGAGUAUCUAUAGGAACUUUGUGCGUGAUGUCACUGUUACCAUCUUAUUUAUUUUCCAAUGUGAUAAUAUUUGGAAUCCCCAUGCACCGCCGAAGCUGGUUUACAAAUGCAGUUAAAAGUCUUUGGAAUUUCUAACGGCGUUCGUUUGUAUUCUUAUACGAUUUGCAAGAUAAAGUGGAAACCUCUCUUUCCCUCUCAAGCGGAGUUAAACAAUGGGAUAUUUGGAGACAAGUAGAAAGCCCUCAUUGCCCGCGCUCUGUUUCUUCCUAUCUGCUUUAUAUAGCGAGUCAAGUUCCGUUGAACUUUCUUAUUCUGUGCUGGAGGAAUUAAAACCAGGGGCUUUUGUCGGGGAUAUAGCGAAAGCCUUUGGCCUGCCUGUACCAAUGCUUGUAAAUAGAAACCCUCGAGUGGUGUCGGAGUCAAAUGCCAAGUAUUUUGACGUAAACGCGAGUGGAAUUUUAAUAAUCAAAGAAACUAUGGACAGAGAACAUCUUUGUGGAUUUACGCUGACUUGUUCGCUUACUGUUCAACUUGUUCUGCAAAAUCCUUUGGAAUUACACCGUGUUGUCGUUGAGAUCGUGGAUGUGAAUGACAAUUCUCCUAUUUUUCCUUCUGGGAACAUUUCUCUGGAAGUGUCUGAGGCGGCUGCUCCAGGAUCUCGAUUUCGUUUGGACAGCGCGCAUGAUCUAGAUGUAGACAUAAACUCAUUACGUACAUACAGUCUCAGUCCCAACGACUGUUUCGUCCUGGAGGUUCAAUCAAAAAGUGAUGGCAGCAAAUUUCCCGAACUAUUAUUAGAAAAACCUCUAGACAGGGAGAAACAAUCAUCAUUCCACUUGGUGCUUGCAGCUGUGGAUGGUGGACACGCGGAAACAUCAGGCACUACUCAUGUUCUUAUUAACAUACUCGACGUUAACGACAACGCUCCUGUAUUUGACCAGCCGAUUAAAACAGUUAGUUUGCCUGAAAACUCUCCACCGGGUAUGUUACUGACUAAAGUCAAUGCAUCUGAUUCUGAUUAUGGAAUGAAUGGUGAAAUAUCGUACCUAUUUAGUAAGUACAGCUCAGAACCAGUACUUCAGCUGUUCACUGUGGAUCCAAAAAAUGGUGAAAUCCGAGUGAAAGGGCAGGUGGACCAUGAAAUGGCUGGAACUUAUGAAAUCACUGUGCAAGCCAGGGAUAGAGGAAUCCCGCCACUGGAGGGCUCCUGCAAUAUUAAGGUCAAUAUAAUGGAUGUGAACGACAACAGCCCUGAGAUAACCAUCAACUCCCUGUCUAAAGUGGUCCAGGAGGAUGUGGAUUCAGGCACUGUCGUAGCCCUGAUCGGUGUCAGGGAUGUGGAUGCUGGCAGGAACGGGCAGGUUGAUGUCCACAUCCCCCCUGGGCUGCCUUUUAGGCUGAUAUCCCCCUUCGAGGGCCACUAUACCCUGGUGACAGACGGCCCUUUGGACAGAGAGGCUGCGUCUGAAUACACCAUCACUGUGACCGCCGCUGACUCCGGCUCCCCCCCCCGCUCUGCACAGCAGUCUUUUGGGGUCUCUAUUUCAGAUGUAAAUGACAACGCCCCCCUCUUCUCCCAGUCCUCCUACUCUGUCGAUAUAUCGGAGAACAAUGCCCCUGGAGCUCUCUUGAUGACUAUGUCCGCUUUCGACCCGGACUCGGGCCAGAACGCCCGCCUCUCUUACUCCGUCCUGGGAGGUGAGGUUCAGGGUUCUCCCGUCUCCGCGUUGGUCCACAUAAACUCUGACAACGGGGGUCUGUACGCCCUGCGUUCCCUGGAACACGAGCAGACGAACGCGUUCCGGGUGGACGUGCGGGUCAGGGACGCCGGGACGCCCGUGCGGAGUUCCGACGUGAGCGUGCACGUGUUUGUGAAGGAUGAGAACGACCACCCCCCGGCCCUCGUCCACCCAGCCGCGCCCCCGGACGGUGUGCUGCAGCUGACCGUGCCCCGUUCGGCUGGCGUGGGCCACCUGAUCAACCGGGUGGUGUGCGUGGAUCCGGACAGCGGCCACAAUGCCUGGCUCUUCUACAGCCUGGCUGGGCGGGACGCUGGGCUGUUCCACGUGGGCACCCACAGCGGGGAGGUCCGAACUGCCCGUCGAUUCCAGGAGGGAGAGUCCGUGUUCGCCGUUGUCGUGGUGGUGCAGGACAAUGGCCAGCCCUCUCUGUCCGCCAGCGUGCCCGUCAACAUCACUGUGUCUGAGAACGGGGCAGACACGUCCUCUCGGCUGAUGAGCCCCGCCCCCAGCCGGCCGAGCGUGGGGUCGUCCCUCUCGCUGGCUCUGAUUGGCUGUCUGGCCUGCGUCUUCAUUGUAUGUUUGUCAGCAAUUGUUGCCAUGGCGAUGCGUUGGGUGAGAUACAGGGGUUUCCUGACUCGGCUGGGCCCGGGGAUGGCUCCUGACCCAUGCUCGUGUAAAGACCUCCAGCUCAAAACGGACGGGCCACUGAGCUACGUGGACGUGGUGGGCAGGUCUCAGAAUCUCAGCCGACCCAGCUACCCCACCUUCUCCAGCAGUGUCAGGGACUUUGUGUUCCUUAAAUCCCCUGUCUCCUACCAGAACACCCUGAGUGUCACGCUGUCCAACAAACACACUAGCAGAACAGCUAAGCAAAAACCACCCAACAAUGACUGGCGCUUUAACCAGCAGGGACAGAGGCCUGGACCCAGCGGAGCUGGUCCCCAUCCUGAGGGGGCAGGGGGUGUCAUAGCUGGAACCGGACCGUGGCCCAACCCCCCCACCGAGGCCGAGCAGCUCCAGGCACUGAUGGCUGCUGCCAACGAGGUGAGCGAGGCGACCGCCACCCUGGGGCCGCGCUACAACGCCCAGUUCCCCAUGCAGCACGUGCCCGACUACCGGCAGAACGUCUACAUCCCCGGCAGCACCGCCACCCUGACGGCCAACCCCCAGCAGGUGAUGCCCCAGCAGGCCCUGCAGGGUCCACCUCAGGCCAGGCCCCAGGCGGAUGUCCCCAAGGCCGCCCAGACCCCCGCCAGCAAGAAGAAGUCCACCAAGAAGGACAAGAAGUAAGGUUGUGCUACCACCAAGCCCCGGCGCCACGGAAACCAGAACCCUGCCCUGCCCGUACCCAGGAUCCCCUCUAAAUGGAAGCCUUGAUCUUUGUUUUUCUUAUGCCAUUCAAGCUGAUAGUCCCAAGCUAUUGGAUGUAAAGGGCGUAUGUCACUGCAAGUGCUUGUAAUGGCCAAUUGCUGUAUUUCUUGCUUGCUAUGGUCAUGACAGCUUACUUUUGGCAGAGGUUGAUGGUUUGUGUUGUAUGUGGGUUUGGUGGGGUGGGCGGGGGGGGGGGGUGGGGGAAAGAGGUGCUGUUGAUGUGUUUUGGAUCCAGAUGGAUUUCAGGGACCUGGAAUUCAUGUAGUUGAUUAUAGCUUUUAAUGAAAUACAACAACAUAACAAACCUUUCCGGUUUGCUUCAUUGAAAACUUCGAAGUUUCUCUAAAUUGCCAAGUAGUUUCUUGUUAAGGUGACACAAAUUACACUUCCUGUUUUGUUGGGGUGGGGUGGGGGCUUCUUUAGAGAUCUUGCUUUAGCUCUUUCCGGAAUUAAAUAGACAAAGACAUGUUGCAUGAUUAUUCCUUCAGAUGAAAACCCAUGAAGAUGAACUUACGUUAACAUACAUUUGAAGGAGGCUAGCUCAUCUUCAUCACGAUAUACCAAUGUCAUAAGAGAAUGCAUACUGUAGUAUUAACAAUUUUAAAUGCCUGUAAGGUUACUUUUAGGUAUAGAAUGAAUGCUGAUUUUACACUUCUAAUAAAGCUCACCAUCAAGGUCCAUCCAGCUGCUUUUGAAAAUCUGCGUCCGUGCAGGAUUUCUGCAGUUAUCUAGAUCUUUGGAGCCACGAUUGUAACCCUUUUCUAUCAUUAUCGGUAGAAUCUUAUAGUGGCGUUAAAGCUUAACUUUGUUCAUAUAAUGUAACAAUGUGAAGACAAUGAAUCAGUGUUUUCUAAACUUAUCAGCAUAAUUUAAAAGUUUCAUCAGCGUUGUUGUAACGUUGUAUCAGCGUUAUGCCAGGCUGGCCCAGUGUUCUGUGGCUCUGCACUGUGGGCCUCUAGGGCUCAUUGACAAAGUCCUGUGACCACGUCUUCUGGGUUAGCCGCGUGGUCUGGGUCAGCCAUGUGGUCUGGGUCAGCAUCAGCCACGUGGUCUGGGUCAGCCGUAGGGAGAGAAAUGAGGGGCCUGUCUCUGUCUUUCAUCUCUUCAGCUGUGACAGCCUGUCAUCCAUUCAAGUGCUGUCAUCCAUUUUGCAAUUCUCUGUCUUACUGAGAACAGAGCCCAGACCAGGUGUACCGCACAGUACAGCUCCAGCUCUGUGGGCCAUUCUGUAUGAAUAGUUCACAAGAGCAUCUGGUGAAGCCUUGUCGUGGCAUUCAGGGCCAUUUCAGGACCAUGGACAGAGACCACCUCGCUCUCCUCUCCUAGCAGCAGCCUGGGGAACCCUCAGAGAAUGUUUUCAGCCUGUCCUUCUCCCUGCCAAAUCCUCCACUGACACUCUGUCCCCAUGUAAAUAAGACAAAUAGCCAGUCUGUAUGAUGCUGAGAGGCACAUCACUCUCUCGACACAGCCACACUGCUGGCUAGUACUGGAAUGUUUUGAAUAUUUUUCAUAAAAUUAAUCAGAUGGAAAAAGCAAAAAAAAAAAAACAUGAGUUCAGAUUAAAUGUAGUGUUGUAGUGACUAAGAGUUGAGCACAGUGACUUAACCGAGCUGUAAAUAAGACAAAACCUUUCAAAAUACACGGUCGUAGCUAGAGGCUCGUGAAAUUUGUUGUGCAUAUUUUUGUGUUUUCUCUCUACUGCUUUCUUUCUUUGGUUAGUCUGAACUUUAAAGCGUAACACAUAACACCUAAAUGUCUUUAAAGUGUGAUUCCAUUUCCCUGUACCUGUCCCUGUGUUUGUGAUUUUAAUCAAUUGUUUAUGCUACUGGAAUGCCACAUUUGCUCAAAUAAAUAUAAAUACUAUAUACGUG